AUGGAGAAGCUAGAGGCACUGGCUAAUGUUACUCGUCUCAGUGAGAGAGUCGUACGCGUUCUCGGUCAGAACCCGGGGAAGUUUACGCUUCAAGGCACGAAUACCUACCUAAUCGGCCGAACGAAUCCGUACAUCCUACUCGACGCCGGACAAGGCAUACCCGAAUAUACGCCCAUUCUACGGUCCGCGCUCGAGAAACCUGCGCACCUCAAUCUCCCCGACAUCUCUGAUGUCAUCUUGACACAUCGUCACGGCGACCACACCCUUGGCUUACCCCCUGUUCUUGCGCUUCUACAAGAACUUUGGAAGGAGCGUAAUGCGGAUGCGCCGUAUACUGCUCCCCGCGUGCACAAGUUCCCGUUACCAUCAGACGAACCGGAUGCUACCCUUUCGAAUGUCAUAUCUUUGCUCGCAGAAGGUUCCUUCACGCCCGGCCCUCAGGGUGCCCUCCACGACUUACAACCCGGCCAGGUCUUCGCGCCCACUACACCCGCGCCGGACUCAGACCCGGCAGACCAAACACUCACAAUCCUACACACGCCAGGUCACACCUCGGACUCGAUAUCUCUACUAUACCCCGCAGAACGUGCGCUCUUCACCGGCGACACCGUACUCGGCCAAGGAACAGCCGUCUUCGAGGACCUAAGCACAUACAUCUCCAGUCUGCAGUUCAUGCUCUCGCAUCAACGCAAAAACCGUCCGGAAGACGGGUUCGACAUACUCUAUCCCGCGCACGGCCCCGUAGUCAAAUCCGGCGCCGAGACGAUCAACAUGUACAUAACGCACCGCCUCGAACGCGAAUCUCAAGUCGUCGACGUUCUUCGCCGACCGCCGCCCGAGGGAGAGACGGUGUGGACGGUGUGGGGUAUCGUCGGACAUCUAUAUGCGAAGUAUCCGCAGAACUUGUGGGAGCCGGCUGCGCAUGGAAUUGGGCUGCAUCUGAGGAAGUUGGAGAAGGAGGGCCGAGCGAAGCCCGCCGGUGGAGAGGGGAAGGAAUCCAAAUGGACGUUGUCAGAGGCGAAGUAG